AUGACAAGACAGUCAGCUGCUGAGGGAUCUCCCUGCUCGCAUCGACUCUCUGUGCAAACUCAAGAGGAUGAGCAGGACCGAGCAGAGAGUGUGUUUAGCAGGUCUCAGUCUGCGUGUGACGACACCUCAUCUGAGCUGCAGCGAGUAGCAGCCCUAGAGCCUCAGGAUGCACCGUCCAGAAACUCCUUCAGAGGAAGAGGGGCCCUGUCCAGGUUGGUUAGUCUGGUGGUGACUCUGAGAGACUGGGCACACAGGAGUCUGAUAGAGGAGGAAGAAAGACCCGAUUCCUUCCUAGAGAGAUUCCGGGGACCUGAAGUACGAGCUCCACCCAGUCGAAGGAGCAACAACCCACCAGACGCCAAUGGAAACACAAAAGGAAACACAAAGAAGCAAUGGGAGACAUUUAUAGUUUCUCCCUCUGAUGAUAUUUACUACUACUGGCUGUUCUUCAUCGCAGCUGCUGUUCUUUAUAACUGGGUACUGCUUGUGGCAAGAGCAUGUUUUGAUCAGCUGCAGAGUGAGAAUCCUGUUGUCUGGCUGGUGUUGGACUAUUUGUGUGACUUUGUCUAUAUACUGGAUUCAUGUAUGCGGCUAAGGACAGGUUACCUGGAGCAAGGACUUCUGGUGAAGGACUUGGCAAAACUUAGAGACAGCUACAUUCACACAUUUCAGUUCAAACUGGACAUUAUCUCCAUUCUCCCCACGGACCUGGCGUACAUCAUCUUAGGCAUCAAUACACCACAGCUACGCUUCAAUCGCCUCUUGCGUUUCUCUCGUAUGUUCGAGUUCUUUAAUCGGACGGAGACGAGAACCAACUACCCAAACAUCUUCCGCAUAUGGAACCUGGUUCUCUACAUUCUGGUUAUCAUCCACUGGAACGCCUGCAUCUUCUACGCCAUCUCGAAGUCUCUAGGUUUUGGGUCAGAUGAGUGGGUUUAUCCCAACAUCUCAUCCACAGAAGAAGGAGCUCUGAGGCAGAGCUACAUAUACUGCUUCUACUGGUCCACGCUGACUCUCACCACCAUCGGUGAGAUGCCACCACCGGUACGGGACGAGGAAUAUGUGUUUGUGGUGUUCGAUUAUCUUAUCGGAGUCUUGAUUUUUGCCACCAUUGUAGGUAACGUGGGUUCCAUGAUUUCUAAUAUGAAUGCCACUCGGGCAGAGUUCCAGGCACGGAUCGAUGCUAUUAAGCAUUACAUGCACUUCCGCAAAGUCAGUCGCCAUCUUGAGACACGUGUCAUCAAAUGGUUUGACUACCUGUGGACGAAUCAGAAAGCAGUGGACGAACAAGAAGUCUUAAAGAAUCUUCCCGACAAGCUACGUGCAGAAAUUGCUAUCAAUGUUCAUUUAUCCACUCUAAAGAAAGUGCGCAUAUUUCAAGAUUGUGAGGCAGGGCUACUAGUAGAAUUGGUCUUAAAGCUGCGCCCGCAAGUGUACAGUCCUGGAGACUACAUCUGCCGAAAAGGAGACAUUGGAAAAGAGAUGUACAUCAUUAAAGAAGGAAAAUUAGCAGUUGUUGCUGAUGAUGGAGUGACACAGUUUGCAUUGCUAACGGCUGGGGGUUGCUUUGGCGAGAUUAGCAUUCUUAACAUUCAGGGCAGUAAAAUGGGAAACCGCCGGACGGCUAACAUUCGCAGCAUCGGCUACUCUGAUCUCUUCUGCCUUUCAAAGGAUGACCUUAUGGAGGCCGUAACCGAAUACCCAGAUGCUCAGAAGGUUCUGGAGGAGCGUGGAAGGGAGAUUCUGAGGAAGCAGGGUCUUCUUGAUGAAAGCACCGCACAGGGAGGGUUGCUCGUCAUGGAUACUGACGAGAAGGUAGAACGUCUGGAGGGCUCACUGGAUGUUCUGCAAGCACGAUUUGCGCGGUUGCUCGGGGAGUUCACAGCCACUCAAAGCAAACUGAAGCAAAGAAUCACAGCGCUUGAGAGACAGCUGUGUCACACGGGCCUUGGGCUUGUUUCAGAUCAAGAUAUGGACUCUGAGAGUAAUGGUAAUACUCCACGAGCCAACUCUACUACUUAGAUCUGCUCAUCUGCAUCAUGAAGGUUGUGUGAAUCUAUGUCACUGGUUCAAAUUUCUAGCGGCACACAAAUUCAAAUUUACAGACAUUUGCUUCUUCAAACACGUUCCAACAACCUCCAGCUUUUA